AUGGGGACUAAAACGGCCUACGCGAACAACGGUCUAGUGGCAUUUCGAGAUCUCCCAAAAUAUCCUGAUCGGCUUGUACAUGUGAAUGCCCUGUUUCGACACGGAACCAGAUCACCAGGUGACAAACUUUUAGAAAUGAUGGAGAAAUUGGCAGAAACUCUUAAGCUUCGCAAAGAAUUAUCUGAUUUUAACUUCACGUUCAACUGCCGCGGAUCGGGACCAAUGGAACUACUGCCGGCUGGUGUACAGGAAUUGGAAAAGCUAGGACUUCGUUUGCGCAGGAGACUUCCUCGGGAUUUUCGCCUACCGCUCAACGCGAAGGUUUAUGUUAGUCCUACAAACCGAACUAAGGACAGCGCCAAGGCUUUCGUCAGCAAAUUUUUUCAAAGCCCUUGGUCAGUUUCAUACGAAGAAGACUCUGACCGUCUUCGUUUCUUCGACGGUUGUGAUCGGUAUGCCAAAACAAUCCGGAAGAACAAAAAACUCCUCGGUGAAUGGUCUGCCUUCAAGGAGGGUCCUGAGAUGAAGAAGGUUCUUGCUGACAUCGUUGCUGACAACGGUCUCCAUGAUUUGAAUAUUACCCUCGACGACAUAGAGGAAUUAUAUACAAUGGCGACGCACGAGGCUUCUGUUAUGCAAGCGGACGACGCAGUUAGCGGAUGGUUAAAAUUGUUCCGACCGGAACACCUCUACGUGCUGGAAUAUCUCCACGACCUUAAGGUUCGUUAG